AUGGGUUCAAAUCAAAGUGCCGAAGUGCCAGGAGGCGGUUCAGAAGGAUAUCAUGUUUUGCGGGUUCAAGAUGGUUCUCCAGGACAAAAAGCUAAUUUAGAGCCAUUUUUUGACUUCAUUGUAGCAAUAGAAAAUAUAAGAUUAGACCAAGAUAAUGACACUCUUAAAGAAUUAUUAAAGAAAAAUGUUGAGAAGCCUAUCAAAAUGCUUAUUUAUAGUAGUAAAACUCAAUCGGUACGAGAAGUGUUAAUAACACCAAGCUCUAGUUGGGGAGGACAGGGACUUCUUGGUGUAAGCAUAAGAUUCUGUUCUUUUGAAGGUGCUAAUGAAAAUGUAUGGCAUGUUUUGGAAGUACAUCCUUCUUCACCAGCGGAAAUAGCUGGCUUAAAACCUUUUACAGAUUAUAUCAUAGGUGCAGAUUCAAUUAUGCAUGAAAGUGAAGAUCUUUUUACGUUAAUUGAAGCCCAUGAAGGAAGGGCUUUAAAGCUUUUUGUAUAUAACACUUCAGAUGAUACAUGCAGAGAAGUCCACAUUACUCCCAAUCAUAAUUGGGGAGGACAGGGUAGCCUUGGGUGUGGUAUUGGCUAUGGUUAUCUCCACAGGAUUCCCAUAAGAAACAGUUCUGUUGCACCUAAUCAAAAACCCUUCAGUGUGACAACUCCAAUGGUAUCAUCACAAAGUGUUAAUGUAGAGCAAAGUCUAACUUCAAAUAUACAGAAUCUAAAUUUAAAUGAAGAAAAGACCCCAUUGGUUGGUGAUGCCCAAUCUUCAGCAUUGCAAGAAGGAUCUAUUCAAAAUCAUCCCCCACCUCCAUUUUUGUCUGGGAUCCCGAUGGUAAAUCCGGGAGCAAACUUUAAUGCAACUUCACAAGAAAGCAUUCCCCCACAAACUGUUUUGUCACAACAACCUCAUUUACAAGCACAAUCUGUAGUUUCGAAUAUGGCCACUUAUUCCAGCAGCAUAGCAGAAGCAACUUUAACCAAUCUAGGCAGUAUACCAUCUGUAUCUAAUAUGCAACCUCCAGCACCACUGCCUAAUUUACCUGGUAUUCCAAUGAAUCAACCUCAACCAUAUAUUCCUCUAAUGGCUAAUUACACACAGCCACAAGUACCGACGUCUGCGACUUAUCCACAAGAGGCACCAAAUUUAGUGCCAACUUUUGACAUGAGUAAUUUUAAUCAAUCAAGCAUGUUACCACCGAUGUCUAGUGGCCUACCUGUUGUGACUCCGGUCUCUUUACCUGGUAUGCCAUCGAUAACUGUUAGUGCCACUCUACCAGUGUCAACAAUGCAAGAAAUUCAUCAACAGCAAACCCUACACCAGCAAGACCUGUUAUCGUGA